AUGCGAUGUGGGAAACAGCAAUCUGCAAUCUAAAAGAUUGUGGUACCGUUCCCACAAUGCAAAAUGGAGUUUACACUCUUUUAAACUCACGAAACUCCUCUUACGGAUCGCAAGCAAAUGUGACAUGUGAUACAGGAUAUGAAUCGAACGUUACACACAUUAUGUGUCAGGCAAAUGCGACGUGGGAAACAGCAAUCUGCAAUCUAAAAGUCAAUUUUUGUCGAGCUGUAAAUGAUUACUAUGGUUUAUGGCCUGCGUCAAUCGUUGGAACUAUCGCCCGACGCCCGUGUACCUCUGUGGCCGAGAAAGGGACCUAUUAUAGGACUUGCCUAAAAGCAGGAUGGGAUCCAGUAACAAAUAACUGUAGCAUCGAUCACGAUGUUAUCGUAGACUUGAGUAAAACGAUAUCAGGCCUAAACUCGACAAGCCAGGGAGAUACUCUAUUGAAUAUAACUAAAACUCUGAAUACCGUCAGUAACAACUCGAACAUCACCGAUGAUUUGCGUGACUUGAAAGACAUCGCAAAGGCGACAGAAAAUCUAGUAGAUUAUAUUGAAAACAACAUCGGCAAGAUCACUGAUAACAUCACCAAUAAUAUGCUUGGCACCAUCAGUAACUUCCUGGAUGAAAACAAAAAGCAGGCGUGGGAUAAGAUCAAUAAAGAAAUGGAGACAACUGAUGGCGAACAGCCGAUAGGAGCAGAAACCGUUCUGUGGUCAGCUGACCGAUUUCUGGCAAGCCUCAGAAAUUCAAAAUGUAAUGCCCUCGUCAUGAACAGCACGGAAAUGAAAAACAACACAAACUUGUAUGUUGAACUAGGUCUGCGAAACCAGUCAAGCGUUCAAUUUCCGAGCAAUAAAUCAUUUGGCUCCAGUGUUGAGAUUCCCCAGCUAUCCAUCACAGGAUUAUCAGAAGCAUGCUUUAUUGGCGCUAUAUACCCUACGAUCGGAGCUGUCUUAGAGGAAGAUGUCUACGUGAAUGGAUCGUGGCAAAACGGGGUCACAGAAAUUAAUUCAGAUGUUGUGGGUAUACAAGUAAAAAACUUCACAUCGAUAAAUAUCAACCCACCGGUUACAAUCACAUUAAAGUUGAAAAAGAAAGAUACCAAACCAGUAUGUGUUUUCUGGAAUUUCAGUAUCACAAGAUCGGGUCGACGCGGCGGCUGGUCGACCGAAGGUUGCGAACUAGCAAACAUCACCAACAUCACAGCAAAAUGCCGGUGUAACCACCUUACAAACUUUGCAAUUCUGAUGAGCCCCAGUACAAUUUCACCUGUGCACGCAAAGACGCUUGGGAUCGUUUCCGCUGUAGGCUGUGCUGUCUCUAUCGUCUGUCUGAUUAUCACGCUUGUCAUUCAUGCCUUGGUCUGGAGACUCGUGCGCUCUGACAGAGUGAUCGUAAUCAUGCAUUUCUGCGUUGCCUUGCUUUUCGCAUUGAUCUUCUUCCUAGGGGGAGUCAACCGAACAGAGAGCAGGGGCGCAUGCGUGGCUUUUGCAGCUGCCAUCCAGUUCUUCUUCUUGGCCACGUUCUUCAUGAUGUUGCUGAUUGGCCUUGAGAUUUUCAUUUGCGUCGUGCACGUGUUUAUGACAAAGUUCAGAACCAAGGUCCUCGUACCACUUGCAUGGAUUAUUCCAGGCAUAAUUGUUGGUGUUUCGCUUGGUGUAAACAAAACACGGGGGUAUGGAAAUAGUACAUUUUGCUGGUUGGACAUCUCCUCCGGACUUAUUUGGUCCUUUGUUGGACCGGCGUUGUUCAUCAUUUGUGUUAAUAUAUUAGUAGUGAUCGUAGUAUUGAAACGCAAGUCGUCGUUAGCUGCAAUGAAAACCAAGACUCAAACAGAACAACUCAAGACGGGUUUGUACAGUUUAUGCGUGUUAUUUCCCGUGGUGGGCCUCACGUGGGUGUUCGGUGUUUUGGCAAUCAAUGACGACAUGUGGAUAUUUCAGUAUAUCUUCGCAAUACUGAAUGGUCUUCAGGGCUUCUUCAUAUUUCUCUUCUAUUGUCUUCUGGAUAGAAAGGUUCGAGACGCUCUAAGAAGACGGCAAGACCGGAAGCGCACUCUUCAGACUCUGAGCUCUGAUUUGCGGAAACGGUCGCACAGUGCCUCUCAAAGAAAAGGCUUCUUCACAUCUCUCUUCUAUAGUGUUCUGGAUAGACAGCCAAAACAUAGCAAGACCCCUGAGCAACCGGUGGCGGAUGCUGCAGACGACAGAUGUAUGCGCGGUGAGCGUCGCCAGUACCACAGUAACAUCCGGUUGGGCAAACAGCGACGCAUGGAGGACCUUUAGACACACUUGUCAUGUCUUUGUAAAUAUGUUCAACUCGAAAAUACAAGUAUAUUGAAAGCUGUACAUUCGAACGUUGCUGUAUGGUUAUUAUUGUUGAAUAUAUAUUUUAUUGAAAAUCAGACAUUUUAAAUAAAAUUGCUAUGCGACUCAUGCGUGUAUAAAUCAAAUGUAUCAUGUGCUGUGUUCGUGAUAUUCAUACGCGAAUGUUGUUUAAUUAUUUAUUUGUUUUGGAAAUACAUUAUUUAUAUUAUCUUUUUAAUUUAAGGUACACACAUCACUAGUUAAUUGUUUUUAUGAGAAAUGUUAUAAUAACAAGAGUAAUAACCAAAUUGUAACGAAUGCAUUUUAUGACAAAAGAACGGAAUUCAUACUCGGAAUCAAUAAUGCAAUUGUAUAAAAAACACCUGUAAUUAACAGCAAAACUUUUCAUCUAUUUCACGUGGAAGGGAAUCUUUAAAUUUACAAUACACAUAAGUUAAAUGAUAGUAUUAAUUUGUUAAUUGAAAAUGCAUUUUUUCAUCAAAUAAGCAGACAAACAAUACGAGAAUUGCAAUUCAGUGCACGUUUUUAAAGCAUGAAAAACAUAAUUGAAUUUAUCACAUGCUAUACCCGGUUUCCCAUGUAAUACAACCAUUACAUUGUUUUUUUAUUACUUAUGUGUAAUACAACAUUUUAAGCGUUUUCAUUGGCUUAGUUUUCGUUUAUUGACAAAUCGUAUUUUGUUAUUUUGCUGAAAUAACAUUGCAACGUCAAAUGACGUCACAAAAUGUAAACAACAUUCGGGAUUUAUCGUUAUGUUUGCGUAAAUAUUUAUUAAAUUUGCUCAUGUAAAAGCAUUUGAUCAAAAAAUUCCUGAACUCGUUUUAUAAAAUAUGGUAUGAUAUGACAACUCGUGCCAGAUCCUAUAUAUAAGGUAAUAACAAGCCAGAGUUGUUUUGUAUAGACAAAGGAACGUACCAAAUUCAAAUUAAUUCCUUUAUUAUAAUGUUUGCUGCUUCUUCCUGUAUUUGCGCGAUGAUUAUCUGAGAUAUUAACUCCAUGACACUAUAUUCUCAAAUCUUUUUCUAUAAAGAAGGAAUGUAGUUGACAAUUGUUAAUAGUUUUAUUUGAUCGAUUGUCAAAAAGUGGUAACUCUGUUACUCUUGUAUCUUCAAUGCAAUUGAGUAAUUAAAUAGUAAUUAAAUUGAAUGCGUUUUAAUUCCCUUUUAUUAUUGUUUAAUUUGAGUUACAAUGCUAUGACGUUAAAUUUUAUUUACACUUAAAUGUAUUAUGAAUAUUGCUGGGCCAUGUGUGAUGUUGAGCGCUCUAUAACCAGGUUUAAACCCCCAAUGCUUUGCAUUGACUGUAAUAAGGCGGUGACCCCAGCUUUAUUCAUAUUUUCUGUUUAUGUUGGUUUGUAUUGUGCUGUAUUGUGCUGUUUUGUACUGUUUGGGCAAUCGGUCACUUGCCUUAAAUAAAAGACCAACUAAUUGUUUUUAAUGAAAAUUCAAUACUGCUCCAGCAGCUGGAGUUUCACUUCUUUAUAUUGUAACAGCCAAUAUAUCACAGGUAUCUUAUAACACAAUAUAUAUAUAGAAUCAAAACAGCAACACACAUCACACAUAGUCAAAAUACAAUUUUGCACUACAUAAUCGCUUUAGACCACGGCCUUGUAAAUGUAAAUGAAAUGGCUUUAAACGAACAUAAAACAAAGUAAAAUAAUAUAAUCACACUUAAAGCAGCUUUAAUAUGAUAUUG